GACGAAGUAAGCACUGAUCGACUGUCACUAAUAAAACCUUCAGAUCACUGGAAAAUUUUAUCAAUCGUUCAGAAAUCGUUCUUCAGUCAACUUGUACGGAACAAUACUUAUCCCGGAGAAAAUGAAGCCCCUUGUGAGUGCCGUUCUUUUAUUAACUUUGGCCGUCCUGGUCACCCCACAAGGCAUCAAAGAACUAGUAGAGGAAUGCAAGAAAACCGUCGAGAUCGGUGAAGAACUGGAGAAGUCCUUCCUGGAGUUGAAGUUUCCGCCGGAGGAGAAGGCCACCCACUGUCUGUUGGACUGCAUCGGGAAGGCGCUUCAGGUGCUGGAUGAGAAGAGUGGAAUCAAUCUGGCUAUGGUAACGAAGUUGCUGCAGGAAGUGGAAUCGGAAGGUGUGAUCGGGGAAGAGCAGGUCAAGUGCGCCGCGGAGGCUGCGACCCACAAGGACGAGCCGUGCACUAUGGCGUUCAAGCUGUACGAGUGCUUUGAGAAGGAGUUUUUGGCAUUGAUGAAGAUGAAAGAGCAGAAGGGGGAGUGAAGCGGGAUUAGAGUGGAUAGUUCUGUGGUAUUUACUAGGAGAAAAUAUAUGAUUAUAUGAUACAAUAAAAACGCAGAAAAGUGAUUGCUAUUUUUAUGUUGUGGUAGCAUACGGUGGCCAAUAUGGAAGCUAUGACAAAUAUCUUUAUAUUGGUGUAUACACUCGCUUGAAUUUUCAACGGGACCGUGUUAUCUAGGUGGCCAUGGAAACGAGCUCAUUUACUACUAGGAUAGUUUCUGUAGACACGGAGCCGCUCAAACGUACGUUCUAGGCCACUCAGAUGGCACUUUUUUU